AUGAAUGGCGGUCAACUCCCUCCAAAUUGUGUAGUGAUGAGCUUGAAUUUAAAUGGUGGGAUGCAACAGCAAUACGGACAAUUUCAACAACAACCUUAUUACAUGCAAUAUCCGUCAGCGGUGAAUGCUGGUAAUUUUAUGUUUCCACAACCACAACAGCCCAUGAUGAUGCCACAACAACAAAUGAACUUCUCACCUUUCUCGCAAGUGCCUCCGUUUAUGUAUGAUCGCGAUGUGUCGAGAGGUUUUGGUCUGUAUCCACCAAGCGAUGCAAACUAUUCUCAAUAUCCACAUUACAUUGGUUACAGUGGGCCAGCGCAACAAAUUAACUAUCCAGUUGCACCUUAUCAAGAGCAACAACAACACUAUGAUACUCCUACAUAUCGAGGUAGAAAAUCUCGUAGACAAAGUCAUCAUCGUGAACGCGAUCGUGCUCCACAUGCAAAUACUUACGAAGAAGAUUCAUUUGAUAGUGAAAUGCGUAAUUUAGACUGGGAUGGUCUGUUCAAUAGACAUGGCCAAAAACCAGCAGCUAUUGGUUAUAGAAGAUCAAAUACACGCUCUCCCUCGUCAUCAACUUCUCCAUCAUCCAGCUCUAAUUCAUCGAUAACAAGUGAUGAGACUAUACGUCGAGUGAGUAUAUCAAAAACGCGACCGACUGAUGUUUAUGGAAAACAGCAAGAAAAAUACCAACACCAUCGUCAACAUCGUCAAUAUGAUAGAGAUUAUAGUCAUUAUCCUGGUCAUUUACAAAAAACAAAUAAUACACAUCGAUCGAACAACCGAAAUGGAACAUCAGUUCAUAAAAAACAUCGAAAAAAUGAUUUAAUGCCCUUUGAAUAUUCAUCUGAGUUUAUACCGAUGGACAAAGAGAAACAGUCGAAAAACCAGACGAAGGUUAACACGACCAAGAAAGACCGUGUAAGCGAAGACGAUGUAUUCAUUAUCAACAAUAACAAUGAUCAACAACAACAACAAAAGCAGAAGACCCCACCAGCUCAAUCAGAACAACAAAAAACCUAG